AUGUCAACCAGGAUUCUGUGGCUCCUGUCUCUCUGGCUGUGUAUGCCCUUGGCCCAGGGCCGUAUCUGGGCCUGGAUGCUCAACAUGCCCCACAGUCCCCCCAAGAAAGGACCCAUGGCUCUCACGGACAGCACCCCUCCAGUCAACACCAAAGGAUCCACGGGUGUGUGUGACCAUGACCGCGCCUGUGGUCGAAGCUUCUCCUGUGACCGUCACUUUGGCCUGUGUUUUCCUCUCCGUGGGGAUGGCCAGUACUGCAGGAGGGAUGCCCAGUGUGUCCGAGGACUCAGCUGCAUGUUUGGGAAGUGCCACCAUCGCAUUUCUGAGGGACAAGAGGGUGCUAGGUGUAAAGUAGACAGGGACUGCGGCGAGUCUAUGUGCUGUGCCCGUCAUCACGGUGAGCAGUUGUGUAAGCGGCGUCUGUUGCGAGAUGAGAGCUGUUUCGUUCCCGAAGGCGGCCUGGCGUUCAGCAUCAACCAGAUCUGCCCAUGUGAUGAAGGCCUACUGUGUCGUGGCGCUGUUGAGCCCAAAUGGAGCGAGUGA